CCUUCGCCCAUCCUUUGAUGCAAUAAGAAAUUCAUUGGCGAAGCGAAACAAGGUGCGGCCAUCAUGGACGGAGAUCAAGGGAGCAAAAAGUGCCUGCAAAUUGGAAUUAUGGGCGGUGGUGGUGUAGGCAAAUCUUGUCUAACCAUCCGAUUGGUUCACAACAAGUUCGUGGAGAAGUAUGAUCCAACCAUUGACGACAGUUACAAGAAGGACAACUUUAGAGUGGACGGCGAGCCUUGUCCGAUCGAGAUAUUGGAUACUGCCGGACAGGACACCUACGCUUCCAUGAGAGAUCUGUAUUACAAGGAAGGAGAUGGAUUUCUUUUCGUGUAUUCUAUCACGGAUUCCUCCUCUUUGGAAGAUGUUCGAGAGCGAUAUGACAGUCUUUUGAAUUGCAGAGGAGUGGAUCCUGAGACUUGUCCACCAAUUAUCAUAGUUGGAAACAAAUGCGACCUUGAAAAGGAUCGCGUGGUUUCGCAAGAGCAAGGCCACAGGCUGGCAGAUGAGUUUGGACCAAAUGUAUAUUUCAUGGAGACGUCCGCCAAAGCUGACAUUAAUGUUGAGGAGGUGUUCCAAGAGGUAUGCCGAAAGAUCAAGGCCAAGCACGCCGAAAUGAAACUAAAAAAUCCCCAAAAGAAAUCAAAUGGAAAACGGAAGUGUUGUUUGUUGUGAGCUAUUGGCUGAUAUCUACAACGAGGAAAUGCUACUUGAUAUAUAUAUUCUAGAUUUGAAUUAAAACAUCCAAUAGUGGUACCAAA